GUUCCCUGUCGACUGCGAUGCGCGUCUUCGGCGCGAGGAAGCCCCAAAGGUAGAAGCGUUUACGGUACUCGAAGAAAGCACCAGCCGUCAACCUUGUCCUCGGAUCUCGAAGCGAUCGUGAACUCGCUUUCUCUCUUCCUAUCUUUAUCGCCGUUGAGGAGUGGCGUGCGUGGCGAAUCUUGCCAACUGUUUCCGGCGGCAGGGCGCCUCGCCGCAAGGUGACGUUUGCGAGACACCGUCGUCUCCGAGGUGCGUCACGAGGAAAGUUUAUCCUCUAGGAAGGAAAGCAUAAAAGACCGUGGACGUCGAUCCAGCAGGAGUGUCUGCAUCGACGCACGCCACGAGGCCGAACGGUAAACCGGAAACGUCAUUUGACAGAUCGUUGGAUUCAUCCUAACGAACGACGUAGUCGCCUCUUGGCUACGCAGAGAAUUCGUUCGCAACUGCGUUCUCGUUUGGUAUGCCCUUUUUAGCUCAACCGGCUGCAUUAUUUCAAGAACACACAUUGAAGCGUACAUACAAGCUUUGGUUCCUCUCGUAUCCUGCGCUUUUGCUCAUUCUCCGCUGAAGAAAACACAAAGGAACAGGACAAGAUGGGUCUGACGAUCAGCAGCUUGCUCACCCGGCUGUUCGGCAAGAAGCAGAUGCGGAUACUGAUGGUCGGUCUCGACGCCGCUGGAAAGACCACCAUACUCUACAAGCUGAAGCUUGGCGAGAUCGUCACCACCAUACCCACCAUCGGCUUUAACGUUGAGACGGUCGAGUACAGGAACAUUUGCUUCACCGUGUGGGACGUGGGCGGCCAGGACAAGAUCCGGCCGCUCUGGAGGCACUACUUCCAGAACACCCAAGGUCUGAUCUACGUGGUGGACAGCAACGACCGGGAACGUAUCGGCGAGGCGGAGCGCGAGCUGGCGAACAUGCUGAAGGAGGACGAGCUGCGCGACGCGGUGCUCCUGGUGUUCGCCAACAAGCAAGAUCUGCCGAACGCGAUGUCGGCCGCCGAGCUCACCGACAAACUCGGCCUAAACUCGCUGCGCGGCCGCCAUUGGUACAUACAGAGCACCUGCGCCACCCAAGGACACGGCCUGUACGAGGGCCUGGACUGGCUGAGUAACGAGUUGGCCAAAAAGUGAUAGCGCCUCUCACUGCAGCCGGUAUUCUUAAGGACAGCUUCUCAUUCAUCCGGGCAUGGACGUAGAGCGAACAGGGAUUCACUCGGUUACCAUCAUUGUUCAAAUUGUAUGUCGAUGUAACGCUGUGCGAUCGCGCGCGCCGGUCGACGCGAGGGGAGAGACAGGCCGACUACCAGGUUCGACCGCUUCUUUUUUAUCGCUCAAGUACAACAGUAAUUCGCGUUUUCAACGUGAACUCGUGCUCUCGUUUCGCGGCAGAGAAGUGAAAGGGAGAGAGGGGGAGGGAGGAGUCGUUGCGUCAUAACAGAUGUUUUUCCACAGGGAUUGUACAUAGGUUUUUCCUUCGUAGGUUUUUCUCUCCUCGUUGAAACGUGAAUUCCGACUUUUGUUUUCGUUGUUAGCAGCAGGCCGCCCUCUGUCGAUCACUGGCCGGUUCAGCUACAUGAGAAAAGAUUUAUUUAUUUUUGCCUUGUUGUUAGACGAAGAACCGGAGCUGAAUACACGAUUCGUCGUCCACUGUCCUACGUCCGUGCUACUCUCAUCGGGAAUGACAUACGGUGUGCUGUGUGAUGUUACACGUGCAAGUCGUUCGCACUGUCCUGUUCUUCGAAUAAAUAAGUGAAUUUUGAGAUAAGUAACGUUAGCCGGUAAGACUUGUACGAUUUAAGUAUUUGAUUAUUAACUUUAAUAUCUUUCAAAGGAAAUAUAUAUAUAUAUAUAAAACUUAACCGGAGUUGCUCCCGUGCCGAAUCUUUUUUUAAUAAGUCUAAGCUGUGUACGAGGUGUGCUUAGAGAUAUGAUUGUCACAAUAAAGUCUGAGGGUGAAUAUGA